AUGCAUUUGAUCAUCCCUGCAGAUCUCAAGAAGAGAUGGAAAGCCGUGGUCGCAGUCAUAGCGCAUAAGCAAAGCCAAGGAACAGCACUUAGCUACAGGUGGUCCCUUGAUGAAAAGGAAAGAGCGGAAUUGAAAGGUUGGUUAGCCUUUAAUUCGAACUUUUCCGGCAUAACCAUAAACUCUGCAAUUCAAACGGAUUUCUCUUUGACCAUCUUUUGCGAUGCUUCGGGUUCGGGAGUUGGAUCAGUCCUUUACUUUGAUCCAUAUAGGAAACUUACGUCCUUUUCGCCUAUACCAGAACCAUUGUUGGAAACCUCCAGUACUUUUCGUGAACUUCUAGCUAUCUUGGAAGCCGCGAAGGCCUUUUCUCGUUAUAUUAUCUUCGAAAAGGUUUUGUUCUACUGUGACAAUCAGGCAGCGGUAACUGUUCUGAAAAAAGGCAGCGCAAAACCUGAUUUGCAAGGUUUGGCAAUACAGAUCUGGGAUCUUUUAGACCAGCUUCGCAUUCGAACUGAUUUUGCUUGGAUCCCACGAACAUUGAAUUCUGAGGCAGAUCAAGCUUCGCGCUUUAUCGACUUAGAUGACUGGUCCAUCUCCAAUAGCAUUUUUGCUGAACUGCAAAACGCGUGGGGGACAUGUACUUUAGACAUGUUCGCAAGCGAAUUUACAGCAAAAUGUUCUCGCUUUGUUUCUAGAUGGGUCUCACAGCAAACGCUGGCAGUGGACGCGUUCUCGAUUGAAGCACGAAAGCUUUGGGGAUCCGAAUUUCUGUGGUGGGUUCCUCCACCUUAUUUGAUUGCAAGGUCAAUCCUUGUCGCUAAACAAUGUGGCACUACGGGCAUUUUGGGUUUUCCCCUAUGGGAAUCCAAUCUAUUCUAUCCUUUACUUCGCAAAGGUGAUCAGUGGAUACCAGAGAUAAAAGAUAUGAAAAUUUAUCCUGCAGGUUUUCCGGUUCUCAAUGGUUUUUCACAUUCGCAUACCUUUGGAUGUCCGUACCUGCAAUUUGAUUUUGCUUUCGCAUUAAUAGACUUUCCUUCCCCUGCAGGCCUUUAA